UCCUUAUUUCUUUACCGGAUCUGGGUCAAUCCAGGUCAACCAAGAGUUCGAUGCUGCGGAUUGACAACCUUGAAAUCAAAGAACAAAGAAAUCAAAUUACCAGUGCAAUCACCCAUCUCUUCCUCACUUACCAUUCACCCCAACUAUUUUACUUUCUAACCCCCACACCCAUUUCCCAACUUUCCAGUUUCCAUCUCAUCUUUUCCCCAUGAAAAAUCAAACUCUCCUCCCCUAAUUCCUCCGUGACCCUCAACGCCCCUUUUCCAUUCCCCUUCCCCCAUAUCUUUCCCGCUUCCCCUUCUCAAAUGGCUCCCCAGCCUCUCUUCUCCUCCUCCUCCUCCUCCGCCGCCGCCGCCGCCGACCACUGAUCCCCCCCGGCCGUCACACAUCAUGUUCUCACCGCAGCCGCUGCGCAACGGCGAGACGCCGUCGCCACACCCCCGGAUCUCCGCCCCUCACUUCCACUCCACUCUGUCCGCGCAGAAGCUCCGCCGAUUCAACUCGCUCAUCCUCCUCCUCCGCCUCCUCGCCUUCUGCUUCUCCCUCUCUUCCUCCAUCUUCACCCUCACCAACUCCGGCGGCCCCGGCUCCCCCUCCUGGCGCGACUUCGACGCCUUUAGAUACGUUUUCGCGGCGAAUGCGAUCGUGGCGGUGUACUCGCUCCUGGAAGUGGCGGCGUCGGCGUGGGAAGUUCUCAAGAGCGCGACGAUUUUUCCAGAGGUGCUGCAAGUGUGGUUCGAUUUCGGGCACGACCAGAUUUUCGCUUACCUGCUGCUGUCGGCGGGCUCGGCGGCGACGGCGCUCGCCCAGACGCUCAGGGAGGGAGGAGGAGACACCUGUGAAUCUUACGGCGCUUUCUGCCUCCAGUCGGACAUCGCCAUUGCCCUGGGCUUCCUCGGGUUCCUGUUCCUAGGGUUCACCAGCUUGCUCUCGGGCUAUCGGGUCGUCUGUUUUGUAAUCAACGGCUCUCGUUUCCAUCUCUGAGAAUUUCAUAAUUAUAAAAAGGUUCUCGAGUUAAAUAGGAUUUUGAUUUUGAUUUUGUGUGUUAUGAUGGCAUUCCUCACUUGGUAGGGUUAAAGACACAUUUGGUCACUGAGAUUACAAAAUCGGGACAUGUUUAGUCACUAGAAAAAGUU